AUGUCUUUCGAUACCAAGGUUCAGGUAUCUACCUCCAACUUCGAAGUCGACUCCCACGACCAGUUCUGCCAGAAACAACAGAAACAAGUCCGUAUGGCCGACAGCGCGCGGGUCAGUCUCACUAUUCUUGCGCUGCUGUGCGGCCUCACCACCCUUGGCACUUCCGGACACACCCUUACCGUAUACAAUGCGACUCACCUCGCGAGCGAUUUCAAUUUACCUCUAUGGCCUGAACACUUCGAUCUUCGACCAUCGAUAACCUUGGUGGUGGGCAGUGCUAUUGUGGUUUUGACCAACAUGGUCUCUUUGCUCUUCAGCAAGGUCCAGAUGCUCCGGGACCGUACUCUCAUCCAUACCUCGUUGACUUUCGUCGCCCCUUUCGUUGGCUUCGCGGCUGUCAUGACCAGCAUGAUCUUCUUCUAUGCAGUAAACGCAUCCACCACCGUCGACACACUCCAGGGCUGGAGCUGCCGCUGGGACUACGCUGGCAUGAGUACCAAGCCUUAUUUCGGCACCUUGUGCAAGGAGAGCCAGACGGCCCUCUACCUUUCGGUUUCUCUGGUGCCUCUUGAGCUGAUCGUCCUCACCAUCGCUGCCUACCAGAUGGUCCUGGAGAGAAAGGCAAGCGCACUCAUACCAUCUCGCAAAACCAGCAGCCCGGCGUUGUCGUAG